AAUGUUAAUGUGAAAGUGUUACCUCCCUUAUAAACAUUGUCGCCAUUUGCAGCAACGUAAUGAAUCAAUAACACUUUAUAGUAAUUUUCAAAACACUGCGGACUGCUAUGAAGUGAAGGUUAGGGUGUCCAUGGAAACGGCAUUACAGGAAAUAUGAAUGCUUUGGAAGUAAGUCAAGAAAUCCAAAGUCUUCAUGCAGCUGUAAGGAGCCAAAAUAUUGGUGCCGUCCAAAACUGCAUUCAGUCAGGUGUGUCAGUAGACAGUACAGACGGAGCUGGUGUGACACCAUUGCUGUUGGCAGUGUUAACCCACCAGCCAGAAUGUGUUAAACUUCUGUUAGCUGCUGGCUCAGAUGUCAACUACACAACAAGGGAACAUGGAACUGGACUCCAUAUAGCAUGUAACCAUGGAUACCUUCAGAUCAUUAAUUCACUUCUGCUUGCUGGCACAGACUGUUCACUACUUGGACCAGACUGUCAGACAUGUCUGCACCUUGCGGCUAAAGGAGGCCAUCUUGAUGUGGUGAAAACGCUCUUAUACUAUAAAGUGCCAAUAAACGUCUCUGAUCGUCAAGGUUUAACACCACUACAUUUGUCAGUGAUGAAAGACCAUGAGGAGGUUGCAAUAUAUCUGAUAGAAAAUGGUGCUCUUGUCAACAAACAAGAUUUAAAAGGAAAUUCACCUCUUCAUUAUGCUGUUAAACAGACAAAUAUUGAGCUCAUUAAAGCAAUAAUUGCUCAAGGCUGUGAUAAAGAUCUCAUGAACAACAGUCAGGAAAGUCCCAUGUAUAUUGCUGUGAGGAUGGGACAUAUACAGACACUCUUAUUACUUGUAAAAUUAGGAUGUAGGACGGAUAUAAAACAAGCAGAGGGUAACUGUACAAUACACACGUUGGUGGCUAAAUAUAAUUCACAAUAUCCAACAGACUUUCGAAUUGUGCUUGAAAUGUUGUUGUACGGUGGAUGUGAUAUUAACACAAGGGCAUACAACACGCUUGAAACGCCUCUGUAUAGGGCCAUAAGUCUGGCCAAGUCUGAUUGUGCUGAGGUGUUAUUAGCGUAUGGAGCAGAUCCAAAUAUUUCUAGUCCAUUUGAUAUAACUGCUUUACGUUUAGCAUAUAUGAAAAAAUUGUCACAGGCGUUUGUUCUGAUGUUGCAUUGUGGAAUUAGUUGGAGACGCGAAAAUUGGGUUAAAAACUUGCCUUUAGUUCACUCCUCAGGACCAAACUCUGUGUUAGAAAAAUGUACAAAAUGGCGGAAACAGCCGACUUCUUUACUGAAUAUAUGUAGAAUAGCUUUUAGGAAACACUGCGGAAAGGAUUUACAUCGAAUUUUAGUGAAGAGGGUUGAUAUACCAUGUGCCCUGAAGAAUUUUGUCCUUCUGAAUGAUUUAAAAAGCCAGAAAUACAACAGUUUCCUCGAAACAUUUGGUGGAGGAUCAUGGGUUAAUAGUCUGUUAGAUGAGGAAAUAGAGUACGGGCCGUUCAAACGUAGGAAGAAUGAUAUUCCAGAUAUAUGUUAGCCAGUUUUGCUGUACAGGGUAUUUGGUGUUAAGCGGGUGACAGACAUUUGUAUUUUGCAGAAAAGGUUGUGGUUUUUUAUUUUAAAGGGAUUUUUAUUGUAAAGACUUUUUAUUUUGUUUGCUUUACAGGGUUUUUAUAUGUUAAGUAUAUAGUCGUGCUUUUGAAUCAGAAUUUAUUUAAUGUUUAGCAAAGUGUCUCUACUGAAUUUAAGUCAUUUUAUUCCUUGCAAUGUUGUCUUCUUAUUCAAGUAUUAACUUUAUCAAGUAAAAAAAGAAAAUAAGUAGGACACAUUUUGAUUUAUUAAAUGUAUACAGAAACAUAGUGAUGAGCAUUUGUUGAUACUGAUAAUCAUGCAGAUACUUGCCGGUCAUUUAGUUUUCUUGUUUUGUUGAUAUAGAGAAACAGACUGAAGUUCUUGCAUCGUCCAUUACAGAAUAAAUUGUAUCCAGUCUCGUUAUACAAAUUUCCAGUCACUGACUGGAAGAGAAAUACAUGAAUAGAAUAAAUCAGUGUAUUGGUGUCUGUGUUGCCAUGAAUCAUAAUGACAACUGGUGCAUUUAUUUAUAGAUUGUACGUGUUAUUAAUGCAACCCUUUCACAUCCGGAUUAGUCAGAUGUUUGUUCUUCUUCAUGUGUAUGAAAACAGUUUUAUUAGAUUGUAUUUAUGUUAAGUUUUAUAAUGGUACCUCACCUGUGAUUAUAAUAAGCUUUCUCGAUGAGGCAUGGAGGUAGUAUUGUGUAUGUGCAAUAUUUUUAUUAGUCCCCUAAUGGAGGAACACUUGAGGGAACUAUAGGAAUGCUCUCCGUCCGUCUUGUCUGUCUGUCUGCAAAUCUGUUCCUGCAAUUACUCAAGAAGUAUUCAAGCUAGGUUCAUAAAACUUGGUUUGUGAAUAGAGGGCAAUAUGUAGAUUAUGCAAGCUUGUAGGUCAUAGGUCAAGGUCACUAUUAAAGGUCUGGGAAAAACUGUUUCCAUUCCAUAACUUUAUAUGCAUAAAUUAUCUUAAUGCUACACACAAAUGUUAGACAAUAUGUAAUCACAUAAUCUAUGCUUGUUGGGUAAAGGUCAAGGUCACUGUUUAAGGUCAAGUAAAACUUUGUUUCCACUCCAUAACUUUUAUAUGCAUUGAAGGGUUUUCUUACUGAGACAAGUAAAUGUUCCUCAUGACCAGACAAUAUGUUGCAUACAUGACCCAUGCUUGAUGGUCAAAGGUCAGUCACUAUUUAAAUUAAAGAUUUUUUUUGUUCCUUAGCUUCUAAAUGCCUGAAAGCAUUUUUUAUUCACUCAUACACAUGUUCCCUAUAACCAGAUGAUGAUGUUGCUUGCAUGACCCAUGGCUAUCAGUCAGAGGUCAAAGUUACUGUUGGAGGUCAAGUAUAAAGCUUUCUGCUCCAUAAAGUUUAAUUUCAUGAAAGGAUUUUUUUAUUACUACACAGAAAUUUUCCCCAUGAUUAGACUAUGUGUCACUCACAUGACCCAUUGUUGUCGGUCAAAGGUAAAGGUCCCUAUUGAAAGUCAAGUAAAAUUGUUUCCACUCCAUAACUUUUAUGUGCAUUGAUGGAUUAUCUUAGAACUGCACACAAAUGUUCCCCAAGAUGAGACAAUAUGUUGUGUACCUGAUCUCCGCUUGUAGGUCAAGGUCACUAUUGAAAUUCAAGUAAAAAUAAGUUUUGUUUCUUAGCUCCUAAAUGUCUUGAAGCAUUUUUAGUCCUAACACUGUUGCCAACAACCUCAAGGGACAAACAGGAACAAAGUUUUCUACCAGUAGAGAUCUUCUGUUUUGCCAGUGCAAUACUUGGUAACUGGUUUUGUCAAGGUAUGUUGGAUAGAAAAAGUUAAACUCUGUAUUCCAUAAGACUUGAAAAGUUGUACCAGUAGCUGCAUUGCGUGGUGUUCAGCAUUAAAAGGAAAACUAGCCUCUUGUGUAAUACCCUUGUGGCGGUGGAUUUCAUCAGGAAUGAGGUGUCAAGAGUGAUUAAUUUAAGUUGUAGAACUUCUUUCACAAUCGACCUAAAAUAAAUAAGUAUAAACUAAAGAGGCUGUCUAUUUUUGUGCUGCUGUAUUCAUAUGAAUUCUCAGAAAUUUGUUUGAGGUGAAAUUUGACUUGUUGAAAGUUGGCUUCCCUUGAUUUAGUUGCUACUUUUGACAGUCAGGUUAUGUAGUUACUAAAAGUUACUUCUCCUACUGCCGUAGCUAAUUUCCAAAAUCAGGUUAUCUUUAAUAUGCAUUGCUGGGAUUGUUAGUUAUGAAGAUAUGCAUCUGGAAAUCACCGUCAAAUUAAAUGUUCAGCUACUGGUGUACUACACAGGGAAAAUUACCACUUUUUUGACCACAUUUGAACAUCUAGGAAACCCAUAUUUUAUGUCUCUACUGGGUACUGCUUACAUUUUCUGAUGCAGUAGAAGCUGAAAUUUAUGUGGUGUGAGUUUUAUGUAUGUUUGAUAUUUUGGGGGAAAACGAUAACAUAAAUAUUUGAAAAUCUGUUUGGCUACUGGUUCCCAGCCAGUAAAUAAAUUUAUAUCCGACAAGUUAGUUUACUAAUAGUGACUGAUUUUGCUGAUUUAAUUUGUGCUUUAAAGGCUUGUGAUGCCUUUGUUUAAAAUAUGGCUUUCACAUUUUUUUGUUUUGAACUUGAAAUAUGUCAUUUUCUUGUUAAAUCCUAUUUUCAAUAAACUCCUAUUUUCAAUAAAUGUAUUAUCAUGAUACAUGUAUAUGUUUCAUAAGUUUGAAUGUUAUAUUAACUUUGCGGGGCCUCCUUGGCCGAGUGGUUAAGGUCGCUGACUUCAAAUCACUUGCCCCUCAUCGAUGUGGGUUUGAGCCUCACUCGGGGCGUUGAAUUCUUCAUGUGAGGAAGCCAUCCAGCUGGCUUAUGGAAGGUCGGUGGUUCUGCCCAGGUGCCCGCUCGUGAUGAAAUAAUGCACAGAGGGGCACCUGGGGUCUUCCUCCACCAUUAAAGCUGGAAAGUCGCCAUAUGACCUACCAUGUGUCGGUGUGACGUAAAAUCCAACAACAAAAAAUAUAUUAACUUUGCAGAAAGUAUUACUAAAUCAAUUAUUUUUUACCUCUCUUCAUGAUUCUAAAUAAUUUCAUGUGCAAAGUUGAAAGUAGUGCUUUUCUACCCAUUUAAUCAUGCAUAUUGUCUAUUUGGACAGCUCCUCUGUCUGUUUUUGACACAAAAUUUAAAGCCAGAUGGAGCUUUAAAAGAUUUAUUGCACCAUGUUUAAAGUUAAAACCAUGUUUUACAUAUGUCUGUAUGUUAUACUGUUAGAAAACUAAAUGCAUGACUUAAGCACCACAGGAUAAAACAUCACAUAUAAGUGAAAAAUACAUUAUCUUUGCAAAAUUUCUAAAAUGGAUUGGUCCAUCAUUCAGUUUGGGCAGUACCACUUGUUUAUCAAAAGGGGUGUUCAGUGUUCACUGAAAAUUUAUUGACCGAAUAGUGUAGACCAUGGCCUGCAAUGAUCUUGGUCUCACUGGUCUCAAAUGUAGAAACACUUGCGGCUGAUGGAUAAACAGAAAAAAACAACAGGAAUUGUUCUAAUAAGCAAAAUAUUUAACAGUUUACAUUUGUAUCAAUAAUAAGAAUAUUAGGUUAUUUAACAUUGUUCUGUACAAUACGGAGAUAUAUUUGGACGAGUACCCAGCUGAGAAAACCAUAUUGGACGAGCAGCUAGGCGAGUUCAAUAUGGUUUUCUCAGCUGGGUACGAGUCCAAAUAUAUCUCCUAUUGUACAGUACAAUGUUAAAUAACCUUUUUAUUCUAUAUCUAUUUUAUCUUACUAUAAUAAUAGUUUAAAUUAAAAAUGUUUCACUGAAUAUUGUAUUCCUGCCUUUUCUAGUUUUUCCCAGCUUGGUGUGAGUGCAAAUAUAUAAUCUACAGAACAAUGUUAGGACUUAAAUAACCUUUUUAUUCUAUAUCUAUUUCACUUCAUAGGUAAUAUACGUAAUUCAUUGAAUGUUGUUUUUUCUGCAUAUCAUUAUUGAAAAAUGUAUAUGGUGCGAUUUGGCGGUUUGGCGAUUAUUUGGGUGGUAAUAAUAGUAUAACUCAUUGUCAGCAAGUUUGGUGAAUAUCGGAUGAAAACUGUUCGACUUAAGAGAGCGGACAAGGCUAAAUUCCCCGUUUUUUGAGUAAUUCAAUGACUGUAAUCAAAGAGUGCCUUGUUAUCGAAAUUGGCCGAGAUGUUAUGUCCACAAACAUUGUCAGCAAGUUUGGUGAAGAUCUGAUGAAAACUGAAUUAGAGAGCAAACAUGUUUUUGAUGCUGACCACCCGUCCGCUGCCAUUCAUAAUCUUCUCCAUUUUGUUUCUUAACCGUUAAAUAAAAACUGCUGAGGUAGCUAUUCAGACAAUCAGGACUGGUAUCUUCCAAUUUCUAGGUUUCGUCCGGAACGGCUUCUUUUAGCGACUUUUCAAAUAUUCCAACAUCUGAUGAUCUUUUUUACUGUAUUUUUAAGUUUUUGAUUAUUAACGAAUGUGUUAAUAUCUAAAUCAGAUAGCAUUGUUAUCACUUGAAUUGUUUUUGUGUGUACUCAAAUUAAAUCCAGAUUUCAAGACGCAUAAUCAAGCUCUAUACAUAGAGCGCCUACUUAAUCCGAUUUACAUUCGGAACAUUUUCACGCGUUUCGGGCUUUAUCGUAUGUUUAACAUGGGACUGUUGAACCGUCCAAAUACAGAAAAUACAGGAUUUUUUGUACGCACAUGUGUCCAAAUACAGAAAAUACAGGAUUUUUGUACGCACAUGCUUUCCAAAUACCGUAAUAUAUUGUACGGUCACGUGUUGCAAAUGAACAUUCGCUAUUGGAUAGAUAAAAUAGAUAUAGAAUAAUCUUGAAUAUUUAUGAUUAGUGAUAUUCUCAAUGUCUGUUUAGUGUUAUCCCAGGGAAAGUAUAUUUAUUUUUAUUAAUCUCACCUAGUUGAAAUUAUGCUUUUUAGCUUACCAGAUCACAAAUUACUCAUGGUGAGGUAUUGUGAUCAUUCGCUGUCCAUUAUCCAUUUUCUGUCUGUAGUCUGUCCAUCCAUCUGUCAACAUUUUCUACAAACAACGUCUCCUAUGAAAUGGUAAGUUUGAAAUUGAUGAAACUUGACCCUGAUGAUUCCUGGGUGGUCCUUUUCUGAAGUUGUUCAAACUGUUCUGUUUGCUUUUGGGCCCACAUUGAAAGCUUUGAAAAUCUCUGCAACAAUAGGCCAGUUAAAAAAAAUGUUUCAUGAUAAACUGCUUUGUGCUGUGAAACACAGGUGAGCAAUAUAUGGUCAUUGUUGUUGUUUUGUGUAGAAUAUAUUCCUGAGUUACACUUCAUUAAACCACUGAAAAUUGUGAAAUAAAGUUUUGUGAAGUUGCAACUUUAAGUGCCUACAGUUUAACUGACAAUCUCCACAUUUUUGCUGGUAUUUAUUCUGUUCUACAUAAAUUGUUAUUGACUUACAGAGGAUUAUCAAUAAACUAAUAAAA